AUGAUGAUCUCUACAUGGAGAAAGCGGAGAGCAGCUCGCCUGGCCGGCAAGCAGCGGCUAGAGAGCGAAAUGGGAGACAUUGAAGUCACAAUACCAAACCAUUUCCGAUGCCCGAUAUCACUGGACUUGAUGAAAGAUCCGGUCACCAUGUCAAGUGGGAUUACUUAUGAUCGUGAGAGCAUUGAGAAGUGGAUAGACGCCGGGCAUGUGACCUGCCCCAUUACCAACAAGGUCUUCAGGAGCCUUGAUCCAAUACCAAAUCACACAAUACGUAAGAUGAUACAAGAUUGGUGCGUCGCGAAUAGGUCUUAUGGGAUCGAAAGAAUUCCAACGCCUAGAAUUCCUGUUAGUUCUGAGGAGGCUUUGGAGAUUCAUUCAAAAAUUGAAACUGCUUGUAAACAAGGAGAUCGAAUUGGAUGCCAAAAUUUGGCUGCCAAGAUUAAGGCACUAGCAAAGGAGAGCGAACGUAACAAGAGGUGCCUUGAGGCUACUGGAACGGCUGGUGUUUUGUCAUAUGCUUUUGAAGAGUUUUCAAAAGCUUCUUUCGAUGAAAAUGUUGCAGUCUUGGAAGAAAUACUGUCAAGUUUGACAGUACUUUUGCCUCAUGACAAGGCCACGACUUACCUUGCCUCAGAUGCAUCUAUGGAUUGCAUGGUGUGGUUCUUGAAAAGUGAGGAUUUGUCUACGAGAAGAAACGCAGUCCUGGUGCUAAAAGAGCUUGUUCCGUUGGAUUACAGGAAAGUGGACAUGUUAUCAGAAAUUGAAGGAGCCACGGAAGCGUUGUUUAAGCUAAUCAAGGCACCCAUUUGCCCUGCUGCAACAAAAGCUUCAUUGCUGGUCAUUUAUCACAUGGUCACGCCAUCGUCGUCAUCUCCUACAAACGCAAAGAUCGUAUCUAAGUUUGUUGAUUUGGGUUUGGUCUCAUUGCUGCUAGAAAUGCUUGUAGACGCCGAAAGAAGUUUAUGUGAGAAGGCGAUGGGAGUUCUUGACGGAAUUUGUGACUGUGAUCAAGGGAGAGAGGAGGCAUACAAUCAAGCUCUCACAAUACCAGUUCUAGUCAGGAAAAUACACCGAGCCUCAGACUUAGCAAUGAAGUUCUCGGUCUCUAUUUUAUUUAAACUCUGCAUGAAUGAGAAGAGAGAGAAUGGAGGUGUUCUUGUUGAAGCUAUUCAAAGGAAUGCUUUUGAAAAGCUUUUGGUUCUCUUACAGGUUGGUUGUGAUGGUAGAACAAAGGAGAUGGCAACUCGGCUAUUGACGUUGUUGAAUGCUUAUAGAAACAGAGUGGAUUGUAUUGAUUCUGCAGAUUUCAAGGACGUCAAAAAGCACUUUUAA